CCGCUCCGCAGUCCCCGCCGGCGGUCCCUGGAGCUGCCCCGCGCCCCGCUCGCAGCCCCGCCGGGCCGCCAUGUCUCUGUGGAAGAAAACGGUCUACCGGAGUGUGUGCCUGUCCCUGGCCCUGCUGGUGGCCGUGACUGUGUUCCAGCGCAGUCUGACCCCCGGCCAGUUUCUGCAGGAGCACCCACCACCCACCUUGGAGCCACAGGAGGCCCAGAAGCUGACUGGACACCUGGUGAAUCUUAAUAGCUUCUGGAAGAGCCCAAAGGAAGUGGCCAUCCCCACCCCUACAACCUCACAGGGGCCUAAGUUCUGGGACGUGAUCACCACCAACUGCUCAGCCAAUGUCAACUUGACCCACCAGGCGUGGUUCCGGGGCCUGGAGCCACACUUCCAGCAGUUUCUGCUCUAUCGCCACUGCCGAUACUUCCCCAUGCUAUUGAACCACCCGGAGAAGUGCAGGGGUGAUGUUUACAUGCUAGUGGUUGUCAAGUCGGUCAUCACACAGCAUGACCGCCGCGAGGCCAUCCGCCAGACCUGGGGCCGUGAGCAGGAGGUGGCCGGCGGGAACGGUGGUGUGGUGCGAACCCUCUUUCUGCUGGGCACGGCCUCCAAACAGGAGGAACGGGCUCACUACCAACAGUUGCUGGCCUAUGAGAACCGUCUCUAUGGUGACAUCCUGCAGUGGGACUUUCUUGACAGCUUCUUCAACCUGACCCUCAAGGAAAUCCACUUCCUCAAGUGGCUUGACACCUUCUGCCCCAACGUCCACUUCAUCUUCAAAGGCGACGAUGACGUCUUUGUCAACCCCGCCAACCUGCUGGAGUUUCUGGCUGACCAGCAGCCCCACGAGAACCUGUUCGUGGGUGAUGUGCUGCAGCACGCCCGGCCCAUCCGCAGGAAGGACAACAAAUACUACAUCCCCACCGCCCUGUACAGCAAGGCCACCUACCCGCCCUACGCUGGCGGUGGCGGCUUCCUGAUGGCUGGCAGCCUGGCCCGGCGCCUCCACUACGCCUGCGACACCCUGGAGCUCUACCCCAUUGAUGACGUCUUCCUGGGCAUGUGCCUGGAGGUACUAGGCGUGAGGCCUGUGGCCCAUGAGGGCUUCAAGACUUUUGGCAUCUCCCGGAACCGAAACAGCCGCAUGAACAAGGAGCCCUGCUUUUUCCGCUCCAUGCUCGUGGUGCACAAGCUGCUGCCCCCCGAGCUACUGGCCAUGUGGAGGCUGGUGCACGGCAACCUCACCUGCUCUCGCAAGCUCCAGGUGCUGUGACCCUGGCCAGGCCCCCAGAAUAGGCCUGGGCACGUGCACUGGGGCUGGAGCCACAGUGCCGGGGAAGUAGACGGACUUUGGCCUGACAUGCCGUUGGAUGUGGUGGGGAGCAGAUAGCUGAAGGAGCCCCACCCUAUGUGAACACUUCCCAGAAAGUGAGGCCGAAGCCCAGAAACUGUUGGAAUAGACUGGAGAAGGUCACUGGGGAGGCAGCCCUCCACCUGGGGCCCACUGCCUGGCCCCUCUGACCUGGGCUGAGCCUGGCCUCGGACAGGUCUGUGGCUGCCCUCGUAUCCCCACCAAGAUUCUGCUUCUGGGAAAUGCCUCAGUCUCCCCGCAGAGCCCGGCUUGGAGUAGCGGUCUUUCAGGAGAAGCUCAGCCCUGUGCAGGCUCACAGGCUGCCCACAAUCCCCUUGGUCUCCUGGGAGAUGGUGCCUUGGAAGCCCCUUGGAACACCUGGCUUCACUCCUGGCUGUGUCCUUGGAUGCCCCACCUGCCCCCUGCCCCUGGAAGGCACAACAGCCACUCUGACUACCUCAGCGCUCCUCAGAACCUCGGGACAGGCUGCAUCCCUCUCCGUCCCACCCCGACGCAGGGCAGAAGAGCAGCGCUCUGGCCCCCACAGUCCAGGUGUUGCCUGACCCCCCACCCAAACUGCACGGCCCUCCUGCAGCCUCCCUCCCCACCGAGGCCCAGCUCCCUGGCCGGAAACCAGUCGGUUUGGCCCUGGAAGUGGACAUUCUUCUCUCACUGUGAAGUUUUAUUUAUGAAGAAUUUGAAGGAAGAAGGCUCCAUGCCUCAGGAGGUGGUGGUCAUCCCCCUGACCCUUCCUGCCGUAUUAUAAUAGAUGCCACCUCCCUCCACCACACCCACAGCACCCUCACACCCCCUCCAGUGCCCUCCCCUGCCUGCACCCCCCACUUCUCCAGGGCCUGGACACACCAGCGUUUGCCUCUGAAGGGAUGGGGCUCAGGCCCAGGAUCCAUAGGAGUGGACGCAGAAGGAUGCCACUUCCUAUCUCGGCGCAGUCACUUGGGUAAAAGUCAAGGCCUCCCCUCUGUUUUCUCAAUAAAAGGGAACUGUGGUUUUUUCUGCUGUGACACUUCCUGUUCCAGACCCAUGGAGGGCCCAAAUGGGACCCAAGAUGCCUGAAGACACAGCUUGUGCCUUCUUGUUCCUGGCUGGGGGUAUACAAGGACCCUGGGAGGAGGCCCCUGGGCAAGGUCUUACCCAUUGCCGUCCAACUCACACUGACACUAUAGGACAGAGUAGACCUGCCCCACAGAGUUUUCCAAAGAGCAUGAUGGAUUCGAACUGCUGACCUUUCUGGUCAAUAGCUGUAGCUCUUAACCACUACACCACCAGAGUUUCCAAGCAAGGCCUUUAAGGGAGCAUUAAAGUGGAGGCCACAGGGUCCAGGCAAGGAAGGUACCCCCUCCCUCAUGCCCCAUCCCCAAAGGGUAGCUGAGGCUCUGGCCCAAGCAUGGACCAUGUAUCCCUUGGAGGUCCUACCCACAGCUGCAGAGAGCAGGGUCCGAGGUGACAGGAGGCCGUGUAUGACUUGGCUCAAUACAGUGGGUAGAUUAGGUGGGCAGGGGCUGAUUGGCUCUGAUGGGAUGUGAUAUCCAGGGCCGAGGGGGGCCUUGGUCUGAGCUGCUUACCUCCAGGUGGGGGAGGGCAGUUGCCCCAGGAACUCCCUGCCUGCACCCAGGAGGCACCCCAGAGUGUGGGAGAUGCCCCCAGAGAGUCACCCACUUGUUAACGUCUACCCUGGGCCCCUCCAGGUGGGAGAUGGGAGUGACAGGGUCCUAACAUAAGGCAGCUUCUUGGCGCUUAGAGAUCCCACUGCCUGGGGCCACGGCCUCCUCCGAGAAGGAAAGGGGGCUGCACUGCAGCUUUUUUUUCCUCCCCAGCACAGGCCGUCCCUCCCUCACCUCUUCUCGCCCUUGGCACUCGCUAUGUCGUUUGUGGGGCCCGGUGCAAAUGACAGGAGUCCUGGUGGCACAGUGGCUAAAGCACUCAACUGCUAACCAAAAAGUCAGCGAUUGGAACCCACCAGACUACAGGGGAAAGAUGUGGCAGCCUGCCUCUGCAAAGAUCACAGCCUCGGAAACCCUAUGGGGCGGUUCUGCUCUGUCCUAUAGGGUCACUGUGAAUCAGAAUAGACUGGACCACAAUGGUUUGGUUUGGUUUUUAGUGCAAAACGAAAAUGUAGGGGCCCAGGUUAAAAAAGUCAAGAAUUUUUAGAUGGUGACAGCAGAACAUUAACUCCAGCAAGUGGGGGCGGGGAGCUUCCCAGGCGAGGCCCAGUGACUGCGCUGGACGCACACACCCUAGAUGCCAGCCCGGUUCUUUCUGCCUCGUCCUCAGGAGCCUGACCAUGGACGCAGAGUUGGGGCUGUGUUCUCAGAGCUGUGUGCAAAGGGCCGGAGGGGAGGGAGUUAGUGGUGUUUCUGCUGCUGAAAGGAGUGACUGGGGCUAGGGUGUGGGAAGGAGGGGGGCUGGGAGGGGCAGGAGGCUGAGGCUCUGGUUGUGUGCUGGCCUUAGGAGGGAGCAGUGACCCGCGGCACCCUUUGCGUCUCCAGUUGGGCCACGUGGAGGCAGCACAUUCCCUUCAAGGUCAGGAUAGCUCAGAGGCAGACUCCCUCAGCUUCUGCUCAGGGGGGCCUUGGACCAGGCCAGGGCUGGCCAAGAUGGCCGGGCAAGGGGGGUGUCAGGAGGCCACGGGGCACAGGGUGGGGAGAAGGCUCCUGGCAGUGCACCUUGAAGGAGGAGUGAGCACUUAAAUGAGGUGGAAAGGAAGGGAGGGACAGUUCCAGGUCCAGGACAUGUUCACAAGCCCAGGGCAGCCUAGUGGGGACAGAGCAUUGGGAAUGAACAGGGCUGGGCCGGCCUGGUGAAAAAAGAGCGGCCGGCGCAGGGAGCUCCAACACUCCUGCCAGCACUGAGGGGCGUCACGGCUUCCACGGCAGUCCAGAAACAAGAUCAGGUGGGACCUUAGAAACAUGUCCUCACCCCCAGUCCCCAUAUGGGGCGUGCGGAAAGCGGCCAGUUCAGGCCUGCGUGCCCAGGUCAGGCUGGGACCAUGGCCCAAGGCUUCCCACCCCUGCCCCCAGCUCCUCUGUAGCAGGAGAGAAACUCCCGGAAAGAAGAGGCUGGUGCCUGCCCACCCUAAAGCAGCCCGUCCAGAGAAUACCCAGGCCCAGAUGUGACCCCAGCUGACUGCUGCCCUCAGCCAACUCCUGGCUGGGCCGGGCCCUUCCACUCACUCAGCUGGCCCUUGUUCCCCCAGGCUGCCUAGGAGUGACCUGGGUCCCCAGCCUCCUCAAUCCAGGCUGCCCCUGAAGACAGCCCUGACCUUUCAGAGGUGUGUUGCUGAUUCUUAGAAGCCGUGGUGGCACAAGAGGUUAAUGUGCUCAGCUGUUAACUGAAAGGCCGGCGUUCAGAACCCACCAGCUGCUCCUCAGGAGGAAGGUGUGGCAGUCUGCUUCCGUAAAGAUUUACAGCCUUGGAAACCCUAUGGUGCAGUUCUGUUCUGUCCUAUAGAGUGGUCAUGAGUCCCCAGAAGUGGAUAUGGGGUUGUUAUUGCUGAUCAUUAUGGCAAACAGGCUCAAGGUUCAUCUGGACAUUCCAGAACCUUUAGAAACUUAUGGUCUUGUUUCCAGUGAAAAUGAUAACAACAAUCACCAUUUUAUGGAGCACAUAUAAUAUGCUGGCACUGUGCUAAGUCAUUAACACAUGUAAUCGGUAUGACCUGCCUCCUUAACUCAGCAUACAAAUAAGUUUUCAUUUUAAUUUUUCUCACUGAUUACUCGAGUCCCUCAUGUACCCUUAUUGGCAGGAAAUCCAAUACCAUCCUCUUAGCGCCCACUCACUCCCAAAGUGUCCAAGAACUUCAGGGGCUCACUUCAAAAAGUCUGUUCUUUAGAAAAUCUGAAAGUAGCCCUUACUUCUCACUCCACAGAGCGGCGAUGUUGCACAUGGGCCCUGCACAGUCCUGUUACCCUUUCUGGUCCAGGUUCCUGUACAGCCACCAGCGAAGCCAAAGUUUUCCUUCUCUUAGUCACCCUCACAAGCUCACCAAUCUUCCCCCCAAAAUAGCAGCAUGUUAGGGUGCUGGGUCCUAGGGUUCCCAGUCGGCUGGAGGAAUCCCACAAACUCAGAUUCUCUCUAUCCUCUUUGUGAAGUGACUUUCCAAGCCUUGAAGCCCUUUCCUGGCGGUAGAUUUUAGUCAGUCCUUAACCUGAUAUUGGGGAGCAGGUGGUGGGAUGGUUUUCAAGCUCUUUCCUUCCUAAAGACCCUGGGCUUCGUAUGCAAAUUGUUUACCUCCUCUGCCACCAGCUCUGCAUUCCACGGGGCCUCGAGAAGAGUAGCCUUUGUCAGGUCACAACAGGCUCUGUUCCACUCUUCCCCUGGAGCAAUGGGUGUCUACCUGGCCACAUUUACAUAACUAAAGGGGACCACUGAAAGGAUUCUACCCUUAACAAAGAAAGCCUGUUCUGAGGUGGCUCUGUCCACCUAAGCUGAGAAGGUACCUGGAGAGGAAGCUUCUGGAAUCCUGUUUAUAUAUACACCACACCACAUUCACAGGAAGAAAUGACGGCUCCCAGAAGAAUCACACCACUAUUAUGUGACAGGGCAAGAGUUUGAACUCGGGGCUCUGUCCCUGGGGAACAUUCUCCUAACUCACCCUAUUGUCUUCUCAGAACUUCAACCUUCCUCUUCCCUUUUUCCUUAGCAGAAACUUCAUGUGGGUUUGUUGUUUUUGGCUUUUUUUUUUGCCCGGAAGCCCAAAGGUCAGAAAAAUGUUAUAUCCAAUGAGUGACUUGAAAUUUGGUAUUUUGGUGAUUGGGGAAGAGCCUAGUGGUAUUAGCUGAGUCGGAAUCAGUGCCUCUCAACAACAGUGGCGUAGCACUGUAAGAAAAUUAGCUGUUUCCUAGAUACUUAAAAUGCUGUGUAGAAAAAUAUUUUGCAUUUCAGUGAAGAUCUGCCAUCCUUUUAUAGCUCAUCCUCGGGCUGUGGGACUGGGGCCUUGUUCAUUGUCUCAGAGCUUUUGUACCUCUUUGUGAAUUGCAAGUACUGAUGGAUAUGCAAACUCUGUCUGGUCCCCCUAGAGCUUCCGUGGACUCCUCUCCCCCCUGUGGAAAAACCAGUUUUGCCUCCAUUUGCAAUUCAAUUCCCUUACUCCAGAUAAAUUUGUGCUUUUUGACUUUUCCUUUGACCCGGUUUAUAGCCUCUGCUUGCCUCUCCUGUCCUUAAAUAAAUUCUUUGACACGUUCCUUUUCACAUCUGUAUGAAUCAUGAAUUCGCCUUUUUCUGAAAAUUCUCUUGUAACUACCGCUAUUUUCUUAAAACGAACACAGGUAGAAUGCAAUUUUUGCAUACAUGUCUAACACAAAACUUGAUUCUUGGAAUAAAUGUAGGUCCUUCAAAAAUGAAAGUAAAAUAGAAAGCCCAACCCUUACCGGAGGGGCUCAGCCCUCUUGCUUGUCUGAAACCCCAGAAGGUUUUCAUAAAUGCUUUUGUCCAGGCUCCACCCCAAACGGCUUAAGCCGGGAUCUCUACGGGUGGGCUCGCCACUCCCUCCCCGGUGACUCCGGAGGGGGGACCUGCCGGCCCGGCCAAGGCUCACGGGCGCCUCCGUGUAGCAGGUGACCUGUUGGGAAUCGCCUUGCGCUUUGUUCCUGGAGCGACCGGGUCCGAGAGGAAUGACCGGAAUUCCUGCCCCUGCCCCCCAGGUUGGGCAGCUUCUGAAUCUCCCGGGCGCUUUCUGUCUCCAAGGGCUUGAAAGGAGCUGGGUGGAUGUGGGCACCCGAAGGUGGUCAGCUCACCCACCCACCGAGACCCAGAGGCCAUCGGGGACCGGCCUUGAGCUUCACUGUCCAGGGCUGAGGGGCUAGCCUCGUGUGUUUAGGGGGUGGAACCGCGGAUCCCGGGGCCUGGGUCUGCGCCCCGAGCAGGGCUACCUCCACGCGGGACCUACAGGCGAGCCCUUGCGCCGGGCCGAGGGGGACGCGAUGCCCCCACGAAGAGCCAGGGCUCGGGGCCGGCAGGAGGCUGAAGGCGUCCCCGUCCCCGCGCAAGCCCAGGAGGGUGCAGGGAGCGCCCCCUGCCAACCAUGGUGGGACAUCGCGACGAUGUGGCGGAAGGGGGACGACUGGAGCAGGCUGUAUGAAAUCUGUCAAGUUUUCUUUGUUUGUACCCCAAGUCGUACAUGCGACAGAAGGGUGUGUGUGCCACAAAAAUCCUGGUGGGCUAGCAGGAAUUGUUUCCUGGUACUGGGAUUCGAGGAGGGGGGUGGUUAUUCUUUUCUUUCAGCUUAGCUCUGUAUGAAAGGUUUUCUACUCUGAGCACAUAUCUCUAAGUUGAGGCCUAAAGUUUAGCACUAAAUAGUGCUCCAAGACCCGAACAGAUGUGAUGGCCUCAGAGGAGUGAGGUGGCAAGAAGAACUGCCCCAUAGGGUUUUCUUGGCUCGAAUCUUUCUGGAAGCAAAUGGCCAGGCCUUUCUUCCACAGUGCCACCGGGUGGAUUUGAACUGCCAACUUUGAACAGUCCGGGGCAAAAUGUUUGUGGCACCUGGGGACCUCCUUUAUGAACCUAGAACAGAUUUAAUCGACAAAAAUUAAAUAAAGAUAUUAAAGACCGAAACACUGUCAUGAAUAAGGUUGAACCAAAGACCUAGUCAAACUGUCUACCAAAAACGGCUUGUACCUUACUUUUGCACAUGAAGUCUUUAACCCAAAUGUGUAUUAGGAAGAAAGAAAACACACCUCUCAAAGCAGAAAUUGAAGAGGCCAAGCUCUACAUUCAUGACACGGUAAACCAGAAAUUAGCCAUAAAAGUAAACCAGACAAUGAGAACAAUGACAAAAAUCUUAGCCUCUUUCUUAAACAAUGCUGAGUCAAAGAGAAAACAAAAAAUACAAUGGCUUGUUAUUGUGCAGUUGGGAAUACCCACAUAAUUAUAUUUUGGGGGACAAUGCCACUUGAGGGCAUUACGACUUCAUGGGGUGUUACAUGUUAGUUAGGCCUUGGCCCUAAAGCUGUGGCUGCUAACACUGAAAUUUAACAACUUUGAAUGUUUUCAUUAUUGUAAGUGUAAAUGGAAAAGUUUCAACCUGGAGGCACUCAUGUCAGACAUAAGAGUGGUGGGGCCAACAUGCAUUUCCGGGAAACACAAGGUCAGGAUGCAAACCAUUUGGGAAGAACACGUCAAAAUGUGAACCGUCUGUUCCCGGAAGGAAACGUGUUCCUGACUACAGUCAUGUAUGCAUAAUAACCAGGUGGUAACCAGGGCUUCCAACCCAACUGGCUCAUUCCACCCCAGAUGUACUGAAUCAGAAUCUACAUUUUAACGAGAUCCCCAGGUGAUUCUUAUGUAUAACUUCCUGGGAACUUGUUAGAAAUACAAAUUCUCAGCAGGGGUUUGAACUGGAUCAAACGGGUUUGAAGCCUGUCCUAAGGUAAAAUCAGGACAAAGUGAUGGCAAAGCAAAAAGAAAGAUUUUACUCGGCAUAUGUUCCAAGAGGCAAAAGUGGGAAAAUGGACAAACAUGCCACCAGAGCCUGUAGUCCAAGGAACAUUAUACGAUCAUCAGUAUAUAUUAACAUCACAAACGGUUAAAAUCAUUGAAAGCUUCACCUUUUCACAAAUUGGCUAAAAACUGCCAAAUCACUGUGAUUCUACAUUUUGAAUUGUCUUUCUUAAUAAUCAUUGGUACAGGUUUCAGUAAGACAGAAGGGUCUUCAUUGGUCCAACAAAUCUUACUAUUUACUAAAUGCUAAUAGAAAAAGGUACAAGUAGAAAGUAAGCAGGUCUUUUGUGCUGUUUAUGAUUUGUUUGUGUGGAAGAUGCCCUAAAUGAUGUUUUCCAAGAUUGUCCUAGCUCUUGUUUUUAUACCUCAGACCCCAGUUGAUGUGUCCUUGUGAGUCCUUGUGAGCCCUUAUCAGCUGUCCUGAGUCCAGCUCUCCUGGGUCACUUUCUUUAUAUUUAAGAACAGGGAAUAAUGGCUCCAAUAUUAUCUCCUAAAUCAAAGCCCUGGUGGUAACUCUCUCCUUCCUAGCCAAGUGGCCGACCAAUACAUUUCAAAGGACUUCAAGUUGAAGUUGACCUGAAAGGUAAGGUGCUUUGUAUUUUCAUUUAGAUCUGUCCGGCUCGAGCUGUAUUAUUACUCAAUAAAACUUCUUUUCUUUCACUCCUAACAGAAUAUGAGAUUUUCUUCUUUGACAAACGAUAAAUGCAAAUAAGCAUGCUAAUGUUUCAACUCAAAAUUUUAUUAAAAAUUUUUCGUUGUUGUUAGUACUGUGAGGGGGAG